AUGUCUAAGAAGCGUACUCUUGAUGCCUUCUUCAACCCUACAGUAAAGAAAACCAAAACAGAGCCUGGAAUAAUUACUUCUCGCGACGUGAUUUCAGAAGACACCACAUAUUCCGAGCAUCAGUUCUACCCUCAUCCCAUCAAGAACCUACCAGCAUCUCUAAGCAAGGAGCUGUCUACUCUGCCAGACCAACCCGGAAGAGAGAUCAAUGACCAACCUGACCUUGACCUACUGUACUUUGAGCCCUUCAUCUCAGGUUCUGUAUCUCGAAGACUCUUUGAGUUCCUCCGUGCAGAACUCCCGUUCUACAGAGUCGAGUAUAAGAUCAAGCGAGGCGGCAUAGAAACCCAAAUACGAACUCCAAGAUGGACAACUGUGUUUGGUCUUGAUGAAACAUCCAAAUUCGACAACAAAGGUCUUCCAGUAGAUGCCAACACAGGCUUGAGAGCAUUGGAUAAACGAUACGCUAGAUAUCCUCCUAGGCUUAUACCAAAAUGCCUCGAUGAACUUCGUCACAGAACAGAGCUGGCUACGGGCUGUAAAUACAACUUCUGCCUCGUCAACUAUUACGCCUCUGGCUCCGACAGCAUCAGCUUUCACAGCGAUGAUGAGCAAUUCUUGGGCCGAGAUCCAGCUAUCGCUUCUUUCUCAUUAGGGGCACGCCGUGAUUUUCUUAUGAAGCACAAGCCACCACCUCCGAAUGCUUCCAGCCCCCCUUCCGUGAUCGCGAAACCGCUCAAACUACCACUGGGAAGUGGUGACAUGGUGCUAAUGAGAGGGAGAACACAGUCUAACUGGCUGCACUCUAUACCAAAACGAACAGGGAAGAAUCAAGAGGAUGGCGGAAGGAUCAACAUAACUUUUCGGAGAGCGAUGGUCAAAGGAGGAACAGAUAAUUACUACAACUACAAUGUAGGAACAGGACCAGUGUACAGAUGGAAUAGGGAGGCCCGAGAAAUGUUGCUCUGGAAACCAUGA